AUGACAAGUUUAACAAAUGAUGAAAAUCAAAUGAUGAUUAUCAUAAAAUGUAUUUCAAGAUUCAAAAAAUUACAAACCGAUAACUUACCACAACAAAUAUGUACAGAAUGUUUAUCACAAUUACGCAUUUCGUAUGAUUUCAAGCAAAAAUUUAUAUUAUCUGAGAAAAUAUUGUACGAUCUACUUUCAAAAACAAAUCAAUCGAAUAAAACUAAACUAGAUUUGAGAAGCAAUUUCGAUGAAAAUUUAGUUUUAUUCAGACAAGAAGAUGAGUCUGGACAAACUAUUAAAAAAGAAAUUGAUGAAAAUUGGGACAAUGAACAUGAAUUGAAUCAAAAGAAAAUCGAAUUUGAACAAAUUAAUGUAGUUGAGAAAUUGAAAUCGCCUGAAAUUGAUGAAAAUUGGGAUAAUAAAAAUGAAAAUGACCCUAAUCAAAAGAAAAUUAAUGACGUUGAGGAGGAAAACAAAAAGGAUGAAUUAAAUCAAAAGAAAAUCGAGUUAGUGAAAUCAAUGUAUGAAUUUUUAUGUGCGGAUAAGCCAUGUAUUAAAUUAGACGAUUUAGUUUGUAAUAUGUGUAAUCGAAAUUUCUCUACGCGUGAAAAUUUACUCAAACACGUUAAAACUCAUGCUAAAAGUAUUGACGGUUUUCAAUAUUCACACAUUUGUCCACUUUGUGAUGAAGGAUUUUAUUCGCUAAGUAGCUUAAAUGGACACAUGAGAGUUCAUUCCUAUGGUCCAUCAUAUCGCUGUGAUUUAUGCCCAAAAGUUUUCAUAAAACUAGAUGCAUUUGCGAAACAUUAUAGCACGACACAUAAUGCAAAACCAGUUGAUUGCACUAAAUGUUCAAAAAAAUUUGUUCACCCCUUACUGGUGGAACGUCAUGAGCAAGAAGCUCACAAUGAAGUGGAACGUGUAUGUAAUGACUGCGGUGAAAAAUUUUCAACUAAAUUAAGUUUUAGACAACAUCGUCUUAAACAUUACAGACAAGGAAUAUUCUCUUGCAUGAAUUGUGAUAAAACUUACACAAGAUUGGCAACAUUAAGGAAACACGUUCGUAUUGCACAUAAAAACGUGCGAGCUUAUCUCGAAUGCAACAAAUGUUUGAAAAAAUUUGUACAUCCGAUACAAUUAAAGCGUCACGAACAAUUAUUUCACAGUCGUACAGAAACAAACUACACAUGUGAUGUUUGUGGUGAGAAAUUUAUGGCGUCCAUUAAAUUAAAGCAACAUAAAAAAAACCAUUUAGAUGCAAAGGACGGCAACAAUAAGGCCGAAUUGAAUCAAGACACAACUGAAUUAGCAAAAUCAAUGUAUGAAUUCUUAUGUGCGGAUAAACCAUGUAAAUUAGACGAAUUAGUUUGUAAUAUAUGUAAACGAAAUUUCUCUACGCGUGAAAACUUACUCGCGCACGUUAAAACUCAUGCUAAGAGUAUUGUCGGUUUCGAAUAUUCACAUUUUUGUACACUCUGUGAUGAAGGUUUUUAUUCUAUAAGAAGUUUAAAUGGACACUUAGCACGUCAUUCUUAUGGUCCAUCAUAUCAUUGUGAUUUAUGCUCAAAUGUUUUUGUAAAAUUAAAUGCAUUAGGGAAACAUUAUAGUACGGCACAUGAUGAUGCAAAGCCCGUUGAAUGCACUAAAUGUUCAAAAAAAUUUCCACAUCCCUUACUAAUGGAACGUCAUGAGCAAGAAGCUCACAAUGAAGUGGAACGCGUAUGCAAUGAUUGCGGUGAAAAAUUUUCAACUAAAUUAAGUUUCAGACAACAUCGAAUUCAACAUUACAAACAAGGAUCAUUCUCUUGCAUGAACUGUGAUAGAACUUAUACAACAUUGGAGACAUUAAAAAAACAUGUUCGUAUUGCUCAUAAAAACGUUCAAGAUCAUCUUGAAUGUAAAAUAUGUUUAAAAAAAUUUAUACAUCCGAUACAAUUAAAGCGGCACGAACAAACAUUUCACAGACGUAAAGAAAAAAAUUACGUAUGCGAUGUUUGUGGAGAAAAAUUUGUGCUGUCUUUUAAAUUAAAGCAACAUAAAAAAAAACAUGUUGAUUCAGAACUGUUUAAAUGCUCAUACUGUGAUAAAACUUAUAAUGCACAACAAAAUUUAAAACGUCAUAUUCGUUUACAACAUGCGAACAUGGGUAAAAAUCCCGAGGAAGUAGAACAGACAGCAGCGCAAACUGAUAUCGAUUCUCAAGUAUGUUUUAUUUGUGGUAAACAUGUUAAAUAUCUUAAAAUACAUUUAAAAUCGCAUGCUAAAUCCGAGAAUAAAUGUCCGGUGUGUUCAAAAAUAUAUACUUCUGAAUACUGCUUACAAAAACAUAUGAAACUUCAACAUCCAGAGGAUGGUAUUGGAAAAAGAGUUAUUUGUCCAAUAUGUAAUAAAGUAUUAGCUGAACCUGGUUAUUUAGCAAAACACAUGGAAUGCGUUCAUUCAACAGUUAAACGACAUGAGUGUACAUUUUGUGAGAGCAAAUAUAAAUUGAAAUCACAUCUUAAUCAACAUAUACGAAACGUACAUAAUAAUGAAAGACCUCAUAAGUGUACAAUUUGUGAAAUGGGAUUUUUUGCAAAAUUUUCUUUACAAUCACAUAUGAGAAAACAUGAGGGUAAAAGACCGUAUGCCUGUAAUAAGUGUGAUGAAUCUUUCAGAAAGAAAAAUGGUUUGGUUAAUCACAUGAAAAUUCAUUCAAGUGGCUUAGAUAUAUAAACCAGUAGUAUAUUCCUAUUUCGAUAUGUCGAUAUUGAAGUUA